AUGCACACAAACAGGACUGCCGCCAUCAGCGUGAGCGCAGAGAGCUGCAUCCCAGCCGGGCUGCGCUUGGGUCCUGUGCCCGGCAUCUUCAAACUGGGCAAAUACUUGUCAGACCGCAGAGAGCCAGGACCCAAGAAAAAGGUACGAAUGGUGAGAGGAGAAUUAGUGGAUGAAUCUGGAGGAUCCCCUCUAGAGUGGAUAGGGUUAAUUCGAGCCGCGAGGAACACCCAGGAACAGACUCUGGAAGCUAUUGCGGACUUACCAGGAGGACAGAUCUUCUAUAGGGCUCUGCGAGAUGUCCAGCCAGGUGAGGAGUUGACUGUGUGGUAUUCGAACUCCUUGGCUCAAUGGUUCGACAUCCCCACUACUGCUACUCCUACGCACGAUGAGAAAGGGGAGGAGCGUUACAUCUGUUGGUAUUGCUGGAGGACUUUUCGGUACCCCAACAGCCUCAAGGCUCACCUGCAUUUCCACUGUGUGCUCAGAGGCGGCGGGGGUCGCCCCUUCCUGCCCCACGAGCACGUGGCCCGUCCAGCGGCUGCCCCGGCCCUCGACGGCUUCCGCCUUUCCCCCAAAUCCACAGCUCCUGAGCUCGCUGUGGCUGCCCCCGCGGCCCCUCUGCGAAACCACCCGCAAGGGCCGCCACCUCCCCACCAGGCCUGUGGGAUGCGCGAGGGGAUCAAGCGCGAGGUGUCGUCGUCCACCUCGCCGCCGCUCCCUGGCAAGCUAGGGGCUUCGGCCAAGAAGGCGGGCGUGUUCGGCCGCGAGGAGCAGGAGCGCGCCCUGGACAUGAGCGUGGGCCCAGGCAGGGGGCAUGGCCACUUUCUCGGCAUGGUAGGAGGUUCCCCGUCCGGGUCGGGCGGCCUGGCUUUCUGUCCGGGUGCUCGCUCUGCCUUCAAGCCCACGGGCCUGGCCAAGGCUGCUGCUUCGGCGGCGGCCCAUGGCGGCGACUCCUUCCGAGAGGACAGUGGGGCAGGUGCUGGAAAGGCCGGAGGCGGUCUGGGUUUUGGCAAGCUCUUGGGCGGGGUCAAGCUGGGUGGCCGUCCUGGACAUGAACCCCUGGUGGCGAGCGGCGGAGGAGGUCACCACCACCACCACCAUCACCACAGCCACCACCACGCCAAGUGCUUGCACGCGGGAGAUGGCCCCCCGCAGCCUCCUCCUCCCCCGCCUCCGCCACCCCCUCCUCCCGUGCUGCCCUGCGCCGGGGCCCUUCGGGGCUUCCCGCUCUUCUCCGGCCACCUGGAGGAGGCGUCGGCGUUCAAGCACGUGGAGCGGGCGCUGCCGGCUGGCGGGCUUCCCAGCGGCCGCUACGCCCAGGUACCCCAGGCCGCGGGGUUGCAUCUGGAGCGCUUUUCGCUCCCUCCUUUUGAGGCUGGGGGCCUCAAGUCCUACCCUGGGGAAUGCAGCCACCUCCCAGCCGUCAUGCCGGCCUUCACGGUGUACAACGGGGAGCUGUUGUACGGCUCCCCUACGGCCGCGGCGGCCGCUGCCGCCUACUACCCUCUCAAGCUGCACUUCGGCAGUCUGCUCAAGUACCCCGAGUCGGUGUCUUACUUCAGCGGACCCGCGGCGGCUGCAGCUGCUGCGGCAGCGGCUGCUGCGGCGGCAGCGGCUCUGAAUCCUAGCGAGCUGGGCUCUCUGGCCAGCAUCGACCGAGAGAUUGCCAUGCACACUCAGCAGCUGUCUGAGAUUGCCGCCGAGAAAAGCCGCGGCCGCCUGGACGGGGCGCUGCAGCCCAUCGGGGUCCCCGGCGGAGGCGGGGGAGGUGGAGGAGGCAAUGGCGGGGGUGGAGGUCCCGGGGUUGGCGGGAAGCCAAAGACAGGCCAUUUAUGCUUGUAUUGCGGCAAGUUAUACUCCCGCAAAUACGGGCUCAAGAUCCACAUGCGGACUCACACCGGCUACAAGCCACUAAAGUGCAAAGUGUGCUUGCGGCCCUUUGGAGAUCCCAGCAACCUCAACAAGCACAUCAGGUUGCACGCAGAAGGUAACACCCCGUACCGCUGCGAGUUCUGCGGCAAGGUGCUGGUCCGGCGCCGGGACUUGGAGCGACACGUCAAGUCCCGCCACCCCGGCCAGAGCGUCCAUGCCAAGACGAGUGAAGAGCAGGGUUGUGCCCAGGGUUACCCACCAGAGCCUGGGGACCCCAAGAGCGACAACGACAGCGACGUGGACGUCUGUUUCACAGACGAUCAGAGCGAUCAGGAAACGGGGGGCAGUAGGGACCGAGACUCGUAA